GGAGCUGCGCUCAGCCCACACUCAGCCACGGCUCCCGGAGGCAUGAACAAGGUCGUCCCCCAGGGAAGUGGCAAUGGCCGUGCUGCUGCUGGAACCAAAGCCCGCCCCGAAGGAGAAGGAGAUGUGCCCCGGAGCCUCCCCAGCUUCCUCCUGGCCGGUUGUGGAGACCCAGCUGCCUGGAUCUACUCUGACCAAAAGUGUGAUGGGACCAACAACUGCGGGGACUGCUCUGAUGAACUGAGCCCAGUGACUGCGUGCCCACCCUGCGGUCCUGAGUGGUGGCGCUGCACUUCCACUGUCUUCCAGUACUGUGGCUGUAUCCCAAGGGCUCUGUGCCAGGACGGCACGCAGCACUGCUCCGACUGGUCCGAUGAGUACUCCUGUCUGCGACCCUGACCCGGCCCUCCAGGCCAGCCAGAGGCUGCUGGGAGUGGCAUUGAUUACUC